AUCGGUAUUAUUCUGCAUUUCUUUCUAUUCUGCGUUUUUUCGUCGGUGUUAAGUGCAUAAAAUUGUUACAUUUGUGCUGUAAUAAUAUAGUUUAAGUUCAAAUAGUUGCCUAACAAAAUGUCGUUUGCGGAAAAGUUAACGGGACUGAUGGCGCGGCCAAAUCAACAAGAUCCAGCUGGCGGUCCAGAGCAGCCUUGGUAUCUCAAAUAUGGCAGCCGUGUGCUGGGCAUCGUUGCCGCAUUCUUUGCCAUACUCUUCGGCCUGUGGAAUGUGCUCUCAAUUAUUGGAUUGAGCGUCUCAUGCCUCGUCGCGGGCAUCAUACAAAUGCUAGCAGGAUUUGUGGUGAUGGCGCUGGAAGCGCCUUGUUGCUUUAUUUGCAUCGAGAAGGUCGGCUCGGUGGCGGAUAUGAUGGAUACCAAGCCAUUGUAUUUCCGUGCGGGCCUGUACUGCGCCAUGGCGGUGCCGCCCAUAUUCAUGUGCUUCGGCCUGGCGAGUCUCUUUGGCAGCGGCCUGAUCUUUGCCACCGGCGCUGUCUACGGCAUGAUGGCGUUAGGCAAAAAAGCUUCGCGCGAGGAUAUGGCCGCUGCGGCCACAUCGCCCACACAAAUGGCUGGCGGCCAGGCAGGCGGCCAAAUGCAAAUGGGCGGCGAUCAACAUAUCACACUCAUGGAAGAUCCCGAUGUUUGGCGUCCAACAUAAAUGCGCUAACCAAAUGCAUAAACUGCCAAAAACUAAGCAUAUGAUAAACAAUUAAACACACACAGACACACGCAAACACCCCCCCCAAAAAAAAAAAAAAACACAUCACACAAUUAGACAAGGAAAUAUCAUAAUGAAAUAUUGAGUAACAAAUAUUUUACGAUGCAUAGUUUUUAGUGUUCGUUCCAAUUAAAAUUAAUAUAAAUAAUGAUUAAAACGUUGUAGGGCCGCGCAGAGAUCAUAAUACACAAUGUUGAAUUCAGAAUACAGAAAACAGAAUUACAAAACACCCCACCAAUUGAAAAAUAUAGAAACUUUUCAUAAUUGUUACUAAACGAA